AUGAUUGGCAGAAGUUUGUGCUGCAGAUCGCUCCAUACUGGGGGAUCUGCCUGGAAGCAAUUUGGAUUCCCGAAAACACAAGCGACAUCGAUUUACAACAAGACCAAGAGCGCAUCUAACUAUAAAGGGUAUUUAAAACACAAAGAUGCUCCAGGAAUGUACUAUCAACCAUCAGAGUCCAUCGCAACAGGGUCUGUUAAUAGUGAGACUAUUCCGCGUAGCUUUAUGGCAGCCAGUGACCCUCGUAGAGGGUUUGACAUGCCUGUUCAAGGCACUAAGGCGAAGCAGUGCCCAAAUGUUCUCGUAGGUAAGAGCACAGUGAACGGCAAGACGUAUCACCUGGGGCCUCACGAAAUCGAUGAGAUUAAGAGACUGCGUCAUGAAAAUCCCCAAAAGUACACACGCAAAUUCUUGGCUGCAAAGUAUGGCAUUUCGCCAUUAUUUGUAUCUAUAAUCUCGAAGCCAAGUGAACAACAUGUGCAAGAUAUGGGAAGUAGAUUGCAAGAAAUCCAAUCACGCUGGAAGGACAAGAGGCAUGUAGCCAGAGAGGACCGUAAGCGUAGAAAACUCCUGUGGUAUCAGGCGUGA